UCAGGUCAUUGGAUCUGAGCCCAAAUGGAGAAGAUAUCCAGUUCCAAAGUUUAAUCACACCAUGAUGCAGAAAGUGGAGACAAGGAAUCUCCAUUGGACAGACAGGCUGAUACAACGUGGAUACCAGAUUCACAGCUUCACCCCUGAAGAAAGGUCAGAGGGAACAUUCCUUAUGAAAAUGAUCGAAUGGCCAAAACCACCCAACUCUGCUGUGCCCUUUCAGAAAAGCAGCAACCCAGCAUACAGUCACUUUGUAAUUUUAAAUUCUGCAAAGACUUUCUAUGUGGGAGAUCAGUUACAAGUGAUGCUGCAGAUGUAUGAUUUUGAAGGUCACCCAAAGCGAUAUGGGGGUGACUAUCUCCAAGCUCGGAUCCACACCCCAGCUUUAAAAGCUGGUUCAGCAGGAACUGUUCUCGACAACCAAAAUGGAACUUACUAUAUUAAUUUUAACUUAUCUUGGUCGGGGAGAGUCGAAAUUUCUGUUUUAUUAGUUCAUCCCAGUGAAGGGAUCCAAGCACUUAAAAGACUACGUGAGAAACAGCCAGAAAGAGUGUAUUUAAAAAGUACCUUCAAAUAUCUGGGUGCUUCAGAGACCACUGUCUGUAAUCUAUAUUUGCCUCAAACUGAGCCACUCUGUAACUUUACUGAUCCCAGGACUGCGGAGCCCUGGUUCUGUUACAAACCAAAGAAACUUCCCUGCUCUGCUCGUAUCAACCAUUUUAAAGGAGAUUAUGAGAAAAAUCUCUUAACUGGAGAAGAGAAUCGUUAUUUUCAAAGUGGUGUCAAUAUCAAGCAGUCCAUCCCACACAGAGCACCAGGAUACGUAAUGGUGGAGCCCUCAUCUGAACCAACUCCGGCUCUUGGAGAAUGUGUCCGGGGACCGCCCAUGGUGUCACCAUCUGGUUUUUACUAUCAGGAUAAGUGGAUGUCAACAACCUGCAAUAUUCACCGCUUUGAGACUCCUGCAAAAAUUAAAGAAUGCCUCCGUAGAAAAAUUGUCUAUCUGUUUGGAGAUUCCACCAUGCGACAAUGGUUUGAAUACUUGACUCAGUUUGUGCCAGAUCUCAAGAGAUUGGAACUUGGCAAUCCUAUCAAGGUGGGUCCUCAUCUUGCUGUGAACUUGGAGAACAACAUUGUGGUAGAAUAUCGCCCUCAUGGCCCUCCGAUCCAAUUCAGUACCAUUGCAAGUCAGCACCUACAACUCAUUUCAAAUAAACUGGAUGAGAUUAAAGGAGGGAAAAACACAGUUAUAGCCAUUACCUUAGUGGCCCAUUUCACUCCUUUUCCUGUUGAAGUUUAUAUUCGAAGAAUACAGAAUGUCAGGAGGUCAAUUCUCCAGUUACUCAACAGGAGUCCGGAUACACUGGUUGUAAUAAAGACGGCCAAUGUCCGGGAAAACCCCCCACAGAUCGUUGCCUAUUACAGUGACUGGUACGCUUUUCAGAUUGAUUCAGUGAUGAGGAAGAUGUUCACAGGCAUCAACAUGGUAUUUGUAGAUACCUGGGAGAUGACAAUAGCACAUUACCUUCCUCACAAUAUACAUUCUGGGAGAAUUAUUAUAAAAAAUGAAAUAGAUGUGUUUCUUUCAUAUGUGUGCCCUUCUAUACAAAGAUAA